GAACGGCGGAUGGAGCAACUGCGUCCACCUCGGCGCCGGGCCUGAGCGGCAACCACAUGACCAGCAGCUGGUGGUGGUAAGGUCCCAAUCACCUGCCCGAAUUUGUAAUCAUGCGGUCUUACUCACAACCUCUUAUCGGAUUCCCAUCUCAACAACACAGUGGUGGACAUACAAAUAGGUGUUCAACUAGCAUUCAGUGUAUGUUUGUACAAAGCUAACUUUACUAAUAAUUCAAUUAGCUAACUAUUUAAUAACUGCCAAGAUGAGAAAGUUUCAGAGCUUACAAUAAUGCUAUGAUGCUUAUAGGAAUAAGUAGUUGAUUAUAAGGUAUUUCAUGGCUUUGGGUCGUUAGAAGAGUUUAUGUAAGCAUCAAUAACCAGCCAUUAUAUCAGCUAGGUCGAAGAACUCUUAUCGUAGGGCUAUUGUCAUAGAUACCACUUAGAACCACUGCACACAAUCUUUCGCUAUAAUAGUUUAUUUUAUUCAACUAAAUGAAAUAAAUUAAAAAGCGAUUUGGUCUAGGCUCGUGCCAAUUUCGGCAAUUGAUUCGCUUUGAUAGCUUCGAUGUUAUUAAUUGAACUGAUUAGAUGGGAUCUCGAGUCGAAUCGGAAAGCAGUUGAUGGCGCGGAGUAGAAAACCCAGUCCGCUUCGGCCCAACGUGGUCAACUCAGGCGCUCAGUUGUUGCUCGCACUCGCGAUCGCCCGGUUGACAGUUUCAGGGCCCUCCGUCAUUUCCACUAUGGCAACCAAUUUUCCGCCCAGUUGUGCGCAGUAAUCCCCGGGGAAAAUCGCUGGAAAACGCUUAUCGCUUCCUUGACUUCACGUUAAAGUGAACGAAGAAAGAGGUGUUUUUUAUUGGAAACACUCCAGCAGCGUAAUGCAUUUCUGAUUACCAGUUUCGCUGAUAAAACACUUUCUCUUUUACGGCUGACACAUUGUUGGUCUCAUAUUUUGUUGGCUCAUCGAUGAAAAGUGCGUGGGCGUGUUAUUUUUAAAAGCAACAAUUUCUUGUGUUGUGAAAACAAAACUAACCUUGGUCCCUUUUCGUUGGCCAAAAGCAAUGCGGUCUGACUGCAUUCCAUGAGCCCAAGUGUACGAGACCGCAUUUGUUGGACCCAAAAAGUGGAGUCACUGUUACUCGCAGCAUGGCGUUGUCUGACAUUGAUUUGGCCACCUUGCACGAGCAUCGCUUGGAGCAGCGCUGGCACUACGGAUUGCCCAAUAGCCACCACAUAUACCAUCACGGAUACCAGGACGGAUUCAGUGCCAUGACACGGCUCUGUCUGGAGCGCAAUCUGCAAAGGAAGGUGCAGCCGGACCUUAACGGAAACUGUCUGCAACGGGGACGAGCCCGAGAGAAUGUCAAUGCCAUGGAUUCGUCGUCAGGUGGGCAACGCAGACGAUCCGGCACCUGGCCGCGAACUCGCAGCUUGAACGCACCGUCGCCGGUCCAGCAGUUCGGACCAUGUGGACGCAUCAUGAAAAACUCCGCCAUGGUGAUGCAGAUCCAGGAUCCGGCCAGUCAGCGUCUCACCUGGUACAAGCCACCACUCACCGUCCUGGUGAUCAAGAAGGUCAGCGAUGCCUCGGUGCUGGCGCCGUUCGUCUACCUGGUGGACUGGCUGCUGCAGGAGAAGAACAUGGUCGUUUGGGUGGAGUCAGCCGUGCUGGAGGAUGCCCAGCUCAACGAAAAUGUCCGAUUCAAGGCCAUUCGGGAUAAGCUGGUGACGUUCAAAGAUGGCCGUGAUGACCUGACCGACCGCAUAGACUUUAUAGUUUGCCUGGGUGGCGAUGGAACACUGCUGUAUGCUUCCCUGCUCUUCCAGCAAUCUGUGCCUCCCGUGAUGGCCUUCCACUUGGGCUCCCUGGGCUUCCUCACACCCUUCCGCUUCGACAACUUCGAGGAGCAGCUCACCAGCGUCCUGGAGGGUCACGCUGCCCUAACGCUCCGCAGUCGCUUGCGCUGUGUUAUGCAUCGCAGGAGCGAUCGAAAACACGAGGCAAAAACUCUGGAGGCAGAUCCAGAUGGAGAUGCGCGACCUGCAGCCAACAGCAUACUGGUGCUCAACGAAGUGGUCAUUGAUCGAGGUCCCUCGCCCUAUCUGAGCAAUAUUGAUUUGUUUCUGGACGGAAAGUACAUCACGUCGGUGCAGGGCGAUGGUCUCAUCGUUUCGACGCCCACGGGAAGCACGGCAUAUGCGGCGGCGGCCGGUGCGUCCAUGAUUCAUCCCUCCGUGCCGGCAAUUAUGGUGACUCCCAUCUGCCCGCAUUCGCUCAGCUUCCGACCCAUUGUGGUGCCAGCAGGAGUGGAGCUGAAGAUAUCAGUAUCCCCCGAGAGCCGCAACACAUCGUGGGUUAGCUUCGAUGGACGCAACAGGCAGGAGCUCUUCCAUGGUGACAGCCUCCGUGUGACCACCUCCAUUUAUCCCGUGCCAUGCAUCUGCGCCCAGGAUCAGAUAUCCGACUGGUUCGCCUCCCUUGCCGACGGACUGCACUGGAAUGUGCGUAAGCGACAGAAGUGCCUGGACGAGCUGUCGGAUCUCACGGCAUCCGGAUCGGAGGACACGCUGGACGAGAUCGAGAACAUGAAAUUGUAUGAUGUGUAGUGCGUAAGUCCCUGUUGCUAAUAGAAACGGUAGGUUAGGGCUUUUAGUGGUAGCUAUAGUGCUUCGCCCUUUGCUUAGUGUGUAAUUUUUGUAGUAUUUUCCAAGUAUCUAUUGCGAAACGAAUUGUUUACUAUUUGUACUGUUUAAAACGCCAGUGCUCUUGCAAUAUUGUACAUUUCAGCUAGUUAAAUAUAAGUGCAGGCAAACUGUAAUCAAAAUCUUUGGCGAGCAUUGCCGAACGAAUCUCAAAUCUUUGAGAAUGAACUUCUAAAAGUCCCACUUUUAAAAAGAUAAGCAAUUGAAUUAUAUUACUUAAUAAAAUAAUACCUGUAAAUUCA